CUAAUCCCAUGUGUGGUAGCUCUCACGAGAGUCCGCAAACAGAAGCACCGUGGUGAUUGGGCAGUGAGGAUUCCAUAUGCAGAUAGGGAGGAAGAGCCUGUGAUGGUUAUGGUCAGUUGGAAUGCAACUUUUACUGGUCGGAAGUUGUUCUUGAUUGUUAGAGCAGAGGAAUCGGUAUAAAAAGGUAAGAAACAAACAAACAAUUUGAGAACUUUUGUUGAAAAGCGCUUUAUAAAUAUCCGAAGUCAUCAUUGUCGCCGUAAUCAGGAACUGCCGAAACAAACUUGUGAAGUUCAACUGAGUGGCUAAAUUUCAUCACCCACCCCACAAAGAGAGACAUUCUUUUUUCUGGAACCUGCAAAACCCAAGAGAUGGUAUUACAGUUAGGUGGUAAAAUGCUAAAACAAUAACAAAAAUUAAAAAGUCUGCUGGUCAAUUUCACCUUGGCAGCAAAAUCCCUCAAGCAAGCCUGUAAGUUUGAAUGAGCUGGUCAAUUUCACUUUGUCUACUUAGUCACAUAAACCAGUAAAACAAAUACAACAAAUAUUUGAUGUUUUAAGUGUAACUAUUUCUCUAGUUGUCGUUUCUUAAUUAAUUGCUUCCAGAAAUCAUUUCCUUGCAUGGAACCAUUCCCUUGAAUAAGCACCACACAAAGAGCAUAAAAGGAUCUGAACUAAGAAUCCAAAACACAACCCAACAGAUGUUUGAAGAUAUGAAAUGAAUCCUCUUCAUAAAGAACCUUGAAUCUUUUCUUAUGAUGCACCCUUCCAGAAUCUUCAAAAGUCUCUGGGAUACUGACCCUGUCAAACAUCUUUCUCAACAUGGCUUUGAAGUUUCAAUGAAGAUUUGAUUGAUAUUCAUGGGAGACAAUAUGAACUCAUAUGGACACUUGACAAAGUAGUUCGAAACAGCAGCAUCACUGGAGUGUUGUCAUUUUAAUAUCUAUUACGGACUUCAUAGUUCUCCUUUUUGAUCAAUUGUCACUCAACCAGACGGACACAGAGCACAAGGGUGUGAUCUUGUACUGGUUGCAUUUACUGAGCAUCCUCACAAUGGCCAGCUUGGGUGCGGGAGGUAUUUAUGCCCUUUCAUGGUUGUGUUUGCACUGGCAGAAAAUCCUAUUGACACAAGCCUUAGAUCAGCAACACAGGUAAGUGGAUCCUUGUCACUAACAACAGAGCGCAGAGAACCUCCUUUCAGUGCAGUCUGCAGAGGGAACACCUUAGAGAGCGGCUGCACUCACCGGGGAAGCCAAGAAGAGUCCAUUUGACAUCCAUCUGAGGGAGAAGAAAUGGAAUAUACCUUGGAGGACUCACAGCGCAAGGAGAAACUUCUGAAGACUGUUUACACCCUCCAAGUGAAAUCAGAUGCCACGUUCCAGAAGGCCAGUCCUCUCCUGAGCAACCACCCCGGCAUGGGACUGGUGACUGAGCAUCAAGUUCACCAACUGGCCGAGAAAGCCAAAGUCAUCUGCCACGACCUGGACAAUAUAAAAAACCACCUCUUCUACCGACAGAAUGACCUGGUCCAGCAGAUUCCCAACCCCAACGGUGACCAUUAUGGGUGUGUGUGCGGAAUCCACUGCUCCCUAGAUGGGGUGAUCUACGUGACCAGCGAGAACGCACCAAGGGUCCAUAUCCUCAACCGCUCUGGCCAAGCGCUUCAGACUCUGCCCUGUGUGGAGUGGAAGAAGAAGAAGGAGACAUUUAUGCCAGAGGACGUGACCAUCACCAGGGCGGGGAUGGUGGCUGUAACCGACAUGGUGAACGGAACCGUCCGCAUCUUCAACAAUCAUUCCAAGUUCUCCAAGGGUGAAUGGCUAAGGAUUGGGAGAUUUGGUUCGCCUAGGGGGAUUGGAGUGGACACCUCUGGAAAGAUCCUGGUGGCGGACUAUGAAGAAGGCAAGGUUCAUAGUUUUGCCAUCGACCAUGCUUUUAAGGUGCAGAACACUCGCUCUGUCUCCGACCUGUGUGGUCCACGCUAUGUAUGCUCGGCCCCUGAAGGGGGUUUUUUGGUCAGUGAAGAAUGUGGCGAUGUCAAGUUAUUCAACAGCAGCCACAAACUGGUCUCAUCCAUCUGCAGCAGGUAUGGCCAUCGUUUUGGCAACCCCGCCGGAGUCUGCACCGACAGAGAAGGCAACAUUAUUGUGGCAGAUGAGCAGCACCGGAAAAUCCACCUCUUUCCCAGGAGUGGGUCGCCUAUCUGCCUGGUGUCUAAAGGUCUGCAGAGGCCGACAGGGAUAGCUUGUUCCACCCAGGGGUUGUUGCUGGUUGCCGACACAGGAGAUAAUAAUGUCAAAGUCUUUAAGUAUCGGGUGAGGCCCCAUUAUGAUGCUGACAUUCUCCGUACAUCUGGUGAAAACCCAAAUCUAACUCCUAGGAGGGACGGCAAACUAGGAUUCUCCACCAUCCCACAUUAGUUUGGGGUUUACCUUCAAAUAAUUCUAUGGCCAAGAAUUAUUCACAUGUAGCGGGGAACAGGUGGUUUGUCAAGCUGCUGGAGCCCUGAGCGUAUGGCAUGCCCUGCUUCCAACCACAGGAAGGAUAUGUCCAGAUUGGGCGUAUAAACCACCAAUUUUUUCAUACCCUAUGCUACAAAAUCUGUUCCUCACUUUGAACCUUAGUUACAGAUGUUGAGUUCUGUAUGACAAGUGGGAUAGAAUAUGCUGAGAUUGGUGGGUUCAUACAAUCCCAUUCACAAUAUAUGCAGGAGGAGAGAAAGGGGAAGGCGAAAAUAAUGGAGUUGCUUUUGAAGGAAGCCGUUAAACCUGCGUAAUAUUUCUUUGUCUUGACAAGGGAAGCCGUUAUAAAACAAGAACAUUCCUGCCAAUUUUCAUUUCCAUUCCUUUGACAACAUCAAUACAAUUUUAUAGUAGUUUUUGUGUCUAAAACGUUUAAAAGCUUUUAAAACACCCUUGCAAAUUUGGCCAUGGCAGGCCUGAUGGUCAAGGCAAUAAAGGCGUGAGAACAUCCUGAAAGCUGAAUGUCUUGCAAUGCUAUUUACCAUCUCCAGGGUGUAGACCUUGUCAAAAAUCAUCAUGAGCAUUUGUCCUCCUAGAUGAUACCUGUAGAAUCCAAGGCAAAGAGUUGUGGUACAAAUAGGAAUACGACAAAUAUUUUCAACACUUUUGCUUUUCAACAAAAAUUCCCAAAGCAGUUUACAUAGAUAUAAAAAUAAAUAUAAUACCUCCCUGUCCCCAAAGGGCUCACGAUCUAAAAAAGAAACAUAAGACAGACACUAGCAACAGCCACUGGAGGGAUGCUGUGCUGGGGAUGGAUAUGGCCAGUUGCUCUCCCCCUGCUAAAUGCAAGAGAAUCACCACUUUUAAAAAGGUCCCUCUUUGCUCAGUUAGCAGGGGUAAGCAAGGACAGGGCAGUGGAGUGGAAUCAGGAAUAUUAAUAAUUUAAUGAAAUAGAUAUUAUGUGCAGAGAGUCAAGUGCAGUCAGGCUACUUUUCCAGGCUCUUGCUACUGGCUGUUUGUUAGCCCCGCCUCUACUCCAGGACUGGAAUACAAGUAACUGAAGCCCCAUUCAAAAGCUGGCCUGAAUCAAGGAAUGGAUUAACCCCAAACACCACAGCACCAGUCACCCCCAGCUGGCUCAUGGAUAAUUCUGACAAUAGGUUUUCUUCCAAUGCAAAACUUCUAUGCAUUAUUCUGUUUCAAGGAAGCACUUUCUUCUGGAUCCCAAAAGUCCUGCUUCUCAAAAAGUGCAGUUCUCCUUUCUGAGACAGCACUUCCUUGAAACAGAAUGUACAGAUGGUCAUUGUAUAGUAAUAUGUGUAUAGUACGAACAAGUUUGCUUGUACUCAUUUAGACUUACUUCCCAGGAAACAAGCACAGGAGUAGGCUACCAAUCUUCUAAUGGUGAGGGCCCUUCUAUAACGUGAAAUAUGGUCUCCCCUGCUAAUAUAUUAUUAAGAAAAAAGUUUUCACUUUUGUAAUUCAUGUUUUUAAUGAAAAAAAUAUUACCUGAAGCUAUGUCUUGUCUUAGCUUGCUGACAAUACUUAGAACUACAUUCUGUAUAAUUAUCCUACAAUCAAAUCAUAUGUAACAGUAACAUGUUCAAAAUAUUAAAGUGAUGAGUGCAAAAAAGCCACUUUUUCUUGUCUUUUAUUAAUUUAAUUUUUAUUAAUAACAUUUCUGUACCUCUUUUCUAUAAA